ACAAACCUGAGGGAAUUUGACAAGUCAGAAUUUGACUUGUCCAGUCUUGCUGAUUGUCUGCUUUUAAAAAACCUAAGGUUUGGAAGCUGUAUUAUUCUCAGGUAAAUGUGCAGAUAGGUGGAGCAUUGAGCCCAACCCUUGAACGCCUCAAGCAAAUAAAAAAAGAUAGGAGAUACCAACAAAAAGCAAGACUAACAAGACUAGAAGCGUGAGAUCUCGCUACCUUCUGCCACCAUACAUUAAGAAUAAAUAUAUUCUAAGAUGCCUGCUCCUGGUGUGUGCAUAAAUAUUAUAAAGGAGCGUCAGCAAAGUGAUGGCUUGGGGACAUUUACUAACCCAAAGAUGUUCCUGGGCCAGGACUAUGAGUUGCUGCGCCAGUAUUAUCUCAUCAGAAAGAGGAAAUAUAUUGAUGACAUGUUCCCCCCUGACAACACUUCCAUUGGAGAAAACUUGCUACAACCUGAUGAUUUGGCUAAAGUGGAAUGGAUAAGGCCAACGAAACUGGUGCCAAAUCCAAGUCUGAUUGUUGAUGGUGUGUCCAGGUUUGACUUUGCCCAGGGAGCAGUUGGAAACUGCUGGUUUCUAGCUGCAGUUGGUGCGCUUACGUUUCAGAAGCCCAUCAUGCAGAAGGUCUUUCCAGAUGGACAAUCAUUUGAGAAGGAUUACGUAGGAAUAUUUCACUUUAGGUUCUGGAGGUUUGGAAAAUGGGUUGAUGUUGUAAUCGAUGACAAACUGCCAACCAUUAAUGGACAACUGAUUUUUGUGCGCCCUAAAAUUCAAAGCUCCAGAAUUCCUGAGUUCUGGCCUGCACUGUUAGAAAAGGCAUAUGCCAAAGUGUGUGGGUCUUAUGAAGACAUGAAAUUUGGCUGGGUAUCUGAAGCCCUGAAGGACUUUACUGGUGGCGUGCACAUGACCAUAAACCCCAAAAAUGAGAACCCUCAAAAUCUGUGGGACUUGAUCAAUCGAGCAGCCAGAGCCAACUCUCUGAUGGGUUGUGGAACACCUGGAAAUGCAGUGUUUAAUGCACAGCAGGACAAUGGUCUAGUGGAGGGACAUGCCUACACUGUAACAGGAGUCACCAUGGUGACAAGCAAUGGCAAUCAGGUUCUGCUAGUAAGGCUCUUAAACCCCUGGGGACACAAAGAAUGGAAAGGAAACUGGUGUGAUGGAUCAGAAUUGUGGAUGACAGUCAGUGAAAAAGAACGCAACGAAUACACAAAUUUCGUAGAUGAUGGGGAGUUCUGGAUAUCAAUGGAGGAUUUCUGCAAAUGCUUCUCUCAGCUGGAUAUCUGCAACUACUCUCCUGCUUUUCUGGACGGCUCUUCUGAAAGCCACUGGAUCUAUUCAGUGCAUGAAGGCCGCUGGCUCGCAGGCAGCACAGCUGGUGGCCCCAUGCAUUUGAAUGACACUUUCUGGACCAAUCCUCAGUUUCCGGUCAGGAUCACUGAGAUUAACAAGUCCUGUGAAUCAGCAACAACCCAAGGGCCAAAUAUACUUGUGUCUGUCUUGCAAAAGCCUGAUAAGAGAAACAGACGUCUCACCAGAAAACUUCACCUGGGUUUCUGCAUUUUCAAGAAAACAUCACAGACGAAAGAUUCUAGAACGGCCUCCGCAGCUUCCUUCUUAAGCACCAUUAAUCUGGUGUUUGCCACCCAAGUGAUGCGUGAUGCACGUGAAAUAACAGAGUAUGUAAAGCUGGACCCAGGAGACUAUGUCAUCAUGCCAUUUACUUUUGAAUUCAAUAGAACUGCCUCCUUCAUUCUGGGCCUCUGUUCAAAGACAGAAACUCAUGCAGGAGAGCCCUUUAUGGUCUUCAGCUCUGACGGGAAAAUGCUGCGUCAAAUAUCUGAUCAUUAUCAGGAAGUGAAUGCGGAGCAGCUUCAGAGAUUUCUAAAUGAGAAAUAUAUUGGAGGUGGUCUGCAAAACACAGGAGGUUUCAGCUUGGAUGCUUGCCAGAGUAUUGUCGCUAUGAUGGAUGUCUCAGUUACUGGGACACUGAAUGCAUUUGAACUUAGCGAACUGUUGAAAAAAAUCGAUUUGUACAAGGAUAUCUUUUACCAUGUGGACAGCAACAGAGACGGCAUUCUGUCACUGAUGGAGCUUCGGAAUGCAGUAGAAGCCACAGGCUUUCGUAUUAGUGAUAAGUUGCUGGAACUUACAAAUCUACGCUUUGCUGACUCCACUGGUCGAAUCACUCUGGAGAGAUUCAUCUGUCUGGCUCUACGUCUAAGCUGCAUGUCUGAAAUAUUCAGUAAACUUACUGACAGAAAUUUCAUGCACCUCAAAGAGCAUGAGUGGCUGCAACUUACUAUGUACUCCUGAAGAAGUGGCAGGAACCAUGAGUACAGAGCAUUUCAACAGCAAACUUCAUAUUAUCGUAGCACUUACUUGGGUUGCUUUUGAAAAAUAUACCUAAUGGCGAUUUUUAAUUUAAUAAAGAGAAGCUUAAAAUAUGGCACAUUACUAUGUCUAUGUUUGCUACAUGUUGGGGCAAGCGGUUAUAAUACACAGCUUUGUUUUGUUGGUACUUGUACUUAAGUAUGUAAUUAUGCUUGUGAAUGUUAUCUAGUCGGUGAUUUGCCAACUUGUCAGCUUGUCUGCUCACAGCAAAUGCCAGGUUGUUUUUUUUCCCACUGCACAUACAAUGCGGGAUUAUACAAUGUUGACAGCAUUUAAAUAGAAAAAUAAAACGUUAAAGGUCAGACCACACCUCUUCAACUAUUGUGCAAGGUUUUCUCUGUAUUGCUUUAUAGCAGCAUGAGGCUGCCAUCUAUUGGAACUGAGCACAGCUUUCAACCUCCUUAUCUAUGAAUUCAGCAAAUCAGACCCUAAAUCAACUGAAAACCCCACAAUGUUCACUGGUUUUACCUCAUCAAAUUUUCUGUAUGUACAAGAGGUUGGAGAAUACCCUGAAUUUUGAAUGGUGCCUAAAUGCAGAGACUGCUGAUAGGAUGAUAGGAUAGAAUAUCAGAGUGUUUUCUCAGCAUAUCUGUUUUAAUCUUAUAUCUUCUGUCUAUAAGAUCAUGGCUUUUCUCUCAUCUCUUACUAGAUGAAAAACAAACCAAAAAAUAAAACCAUAAAUAAAUAACUCAAUUUCA